AUGUUCGGAACUCUACUACUGCUCUUCAUCUUCGGCGUGACUCGGUCCUGGGCCGUGGAUUACGAAAUGCUGAUCGAGGAUCCGGACAUAUUCUCGCCCUGUACCGAAGGACCGCCCGACUCCAUCACCGUCCAGGAGGCGUUCAACUUUGACGAUCUCACAAUCUCCAUGGAGAGUGAUACCUUGCACGUCUCCGGGAAUGCAACAGUCAAAUGGGAAGCUCAGCCCACCGAUAAGAUCGUGGUACAGAUAGACAUAUUGCACUUUAAUCGCGGCUUCUGGGAGCCCACUGUCUUCUCUAUGAGCACGCAGGACUUUUGUGCCUCGAUGUACGAUAAGAAUCAGUAUUGGUUUAAGUACUGGACCACCUUUAUAACGAACCGCGACGAAGUCGAAAGCCAGUGUCUCGCAACUGGAACCUUCUUGGUACAUGAACCGUUCGAUGUGCGGUUUAAAAUGAUGAACUACCGGGGUCCAGAGCUUCGGGGACGCUAUAAGAUGGUGAUAACAAUCAAGGCAUUGCACAAAAAAUUGCCGCGACCGUCUUCAAUAUGCAUGGAGAUCAGAGGGGAAGUGUUUAAAGCUUAGUAGAGGAAACAGGAAUCUUUCGAUACAAAGUUCGAUAGGUUUGUUCCCUUUAACAGACUUUUUUCAGUUUCAAAAUAUUACAAUUACAAUAUUUGUGACAAUAAUAU